AUGCAGCACCAACAGCACACUCUGCUCCAGCAACAUCCGCAAGAUCAAGACGACCUCGAGGGAGCUCACAACCACCACCCAGGCCCGGGAUUCUAUUCGCGCCCGCCUUACUACUACAAUCAUCAUCAGAACCACAACCACCUCGACCACCACAAUGACAAACCGCAGCCCCCGCAUCGCCCGGUCUACGGCUACUUCCGGCCGGUGGGCCCGACGGCUUCCAACAGGCCGGAAGUGCUGUUUGUGAGGCCCGGGGAGGACGGGUACCGCCCUGUGCCCCCCUACCGCCCGCACCAAUACGGCCCCUCGAGACCCGAGUUCGUGAGGCCCACGCAGAGGCCCGAUUACAGCGUCCAGAGGCCCGACUACCACCGGCCCAGCUACGCGGGGACGGCCUCAAGGCCCACGCAACCGCCCGACCGGCCGGCCACCGGAAUAGGAGUCAUAAGACCCAUUCCCAACACUCCCCCGGCGUCCUUACCGCAAUCUACCUCGGGCGACAGUGCCGGAUUCAGAGGCUGUGGUGAGCUGUACACGCGCAGCAACAGAAUUGUCGGUGGGCACAGCUCCAACUUCGGAAGUCACCCGUGGCAGUUGCACACCUUUCGCCGGCCAGAUGAACCAUGUCAUAUUCUGGGGCUUCCGAUAUCUCGUGUUCUAAGCAGCGGCGUCUGUUGCAGAACAAGCAACAGCAACAUGCGCGUGCGGCUGGGCGAGUGGGACGUGCGCGACCAGUCGGAACGGCUCAACCACGAGGAGUUCGGUGUGCAGCGUAAGGAGGUGCACCCGCAGUACAGCCCGCAGGACUUCCGCAACGACGUGGCGCUGGUGCAGCUGGACGGGUCGGUGGCCUUCAAGCCGCACAUCGUGCCGGUGUGCCUGCCGCCCGUGGACGCCAAGCUGGUCGGGCGCACGGCCACCGUCGCCGGCUGGGGCCGCACCCGCCACGGCGUCGCCACCGUGCCCUCCGUGCUGCAGGUGACGCCUACGGCGCUCAGCGAAGGAACGGGAAGUGGACGUGGAGGUGAUUCCGAACGACCGCUGCCAGAGGUGGUUUCGCGCUGCCGGGAGACGUGAAACAAUACACGACGUCUUCCUGUGUGCAGGAUUCAAAGAAGGAGGCCGCGACUCGUGCCAGGGUGACUCCGGCGGCCCCCUCACGAUGCAGCUGGAAGGGCGCCGCACACUCGUGGGGCUCGUGUCCUGGGGCAUCGGCUGCGGAAGGGAGCACCUGCCGGGAGUGUACACCAACGUGCAGAAGUUUGUGCCAUGGAUCACCAAGGUUAUGGGCUAACCCUUCAUAACAGGUUCGCUACACAACAUUCGACUUUUGAGAAAGAAUAAAUGUCCCAAAGGUUUCGUAAGCGUUUGUUUGUUUGUUUUUGCGCCUUCUUUGGUUACUCGUGAUUUGGACACAUUCGAAUGUGCAAUAUUUGUCUAUAUUGCUGUUCUUCUUUGUGGAGUGACGGGUGCUUGUUGGCAACUCAACAUUUAAAUGAAUUUUCGUACAAUUGAAGUGUCGAAACUCUGAGAAAAAAUGUUCUUGAAUUAUAAUUGACAUUUUGCGUGUUAAUAUAGUGAUCCAAAUGUGAACUUAGUGAUUAAAGUAAACAAAACACAUUGUUAAUAAUUAUCUUUCAAAUAACCUUUUGUAAUCUCUUGACAGGUUGAAAGUAAUAAAUGUUCUAUUACUGUUUUACUAAAGCAAAUAGAAUAUAAUUGCAUAAAACUGGAGAUUGAAGGGGACUUAAUGAAAUAUGAAAAGAUAAAAAAAUGUAUUUAUUCAAUGGAUAAUCGUCAAAAUGAGAACUGAAUGUAUUGAAUGCAUGCUUGUUUUCUACAUUGUAUCUGUAAUAAAUUGCAAUGUGCAAGUUCAUUGAAGGUUUUAAUUGAAACAUUCAAUUGCAAGUCAAGAAAUUAGGAAACUUUAUGUGGUUCUAAUGUCAGCAAAAGUAUUUCAGUACGAGAUGUAUCUUCAACAGAUUUAUGUACACGAAUUGUAAGGAAGAGAAGGAACAGCGAAAGUAUUUAUGCAAAACUAUAAUGAAUUACAAUGGUUUAAAGAGAGAGUGAAUU